UACGCUUAGAGUUCAUGGGAUAUGGGGAUCGCCCUAACCAAAAUAUUUUGGUAACGUAAAUAGAAUUUACGUGUUCCGUUCAAUUUGGAAUAUCUUGCAUAAUAAAUAGUGUGGUUUGCAUUCUAAACAUAUAUAAGCAGAAGAUUCAUCUGCAGAUACAGGUGUUAAGUUGCUGGAUAAACACUUCGAAGAAUUCUUGUUGUGCGUGACACUUUCCCAUAUCAAAUGAAGAAAAUCAUGGAGCAAGGAGGAUUACUCUCAAUGAAAUUCCGCGGGACACUUCAAGGAGUACUAAUUGGGGACUGCUGCGGUUGUCCAUAUGAGGGAGAACCAAUGGAACCUGGCACCAAAGUUGUACUGAAGAAGUUUCUGGAGAAGCUAUCCGGAAUCUAUUUUAGCGCUCCUUAUAAGCCCUAUACUGACGACACAGCAAUGACUAUUUCUGUGGCAGAAGAGCUAAUUGAGAACAAAGGAGUGGAUCAAUCGAGAUUGGCCAAACGCUUUGUGCAGAGCUACGUAAAAGCCCCAAAUCGCGGGUACGGAAGUGGCAUCAAUGAGCUGUUCAACAAAUUCCAAGGUGCAAAAUUCGAGAAUGUUAAGCAAUUGGCUAGGGAACAGUUUUCCGGAAGAGGUUCCUUUGGGAAUGGAGCAGCUAUGCGAGUUGCUCCGGUGCCUCUUUUCUGUGUUCGCAGUGAAUCUGAGCUCGUGGAGAUGGUCAGGACACAGGCAGAAAUUACACACAGCCACAAGUUGGGAGUGAAUGGGGCUAUUUUGCAGGCACUAGCUAUCCAUCAGAGUCUCCAUCUGAAUCCCAUGAAACCCAUAGAUACUCAGCAUUUCAUUGAGGAGCUCAUGAGGAAGAUGAAGCCAAUUGAGCAGGAUAAUGAUGACAUCGAUGAUGGUGAUCCUGAGCCAUAUAACCGCCAACUGACGGAAAUCACAAAGCUCCUGGACAAAGGAAAUCCUUCUGAGGAGGCUGUGGUCAAUAGCCUCGGCCACAGCGUCUGUGCCCUCUAUUCCGUCCCAACUGCCAUUUACUGCUUCCUGCGCAGCCUUUCAGAAAUCGAUGGAAUUGCCACAGAUAAUCCCUUCAAGCGAUGCCUGGAGUAUGCAAUCUCCCUAGGCGGUGAUACAGACACCAUAGCCAGUAUGGCUUGCGCCAUUUCCGGAGCAUUUUACGGAGAAUCUAUAAUUCCGCCGUCGCUGCUGAAGCACUGUGAGGCUUCUGAGAAGAUCACCAAUCUCGCGGAUUCCCUCAGUAAGGUUCUGCAAGAGUAGCUGAAUAGCUUCUCCAAGUGCCUUGAGGAAAUCUCACCCCAAGAGGGUUUUUUUCUUCCGCAUGGAGCCAGUGAAUGGGCUCAAAUGAUUUGCUAAUUGGACAGAAAGGUGCAAGGACAAUGCACAAUAUAUUUUGGGUAAUAAUGUUUGUAAGUUGUUGAGGCACGUCAUGUUAGAAGAAAGAUGUAUCUAAAAAAUAAAAUGACUGCUAGAAAGAA